AUGAAUAUUGGUUGUCGAAUACGACCGAGGAAACUACCACAUUUGAGAUUAUAUUCUCAAAUGAAAGUUCCAUGGUCAAUACAAACUCCCAUAACUCCUAAAACAGUUACAGAUAUUCUACCUCACUUUGUACAAUUGCCAAUUGAAGAACAGGAUGCAUUAAUUGAACAACACCCUAAAUUAUUAAAUGUGCAAUUGCAAAUAAUGCUAUAUUCUGAACCAGACAGCUUGAAGACAUUUAAGUUUAUUUGUAAAUAUGGCCAGCAUUUGCAAUCGGAGUUUAUACAGAUAUUUGUUUACAAUCUACUUUUAUCAAACAACUUAAAAGCAACAACUACAUUAUUGCAUCAACUCUUGCACGAAAAUAAAAAUUUUCAAAUUUCCAAUGAAUUAUGGGCGUUAUAUAUGGAUAAGGUCUGUUGUAUGGGGGAUUAUCUUGGGGCAACUUUGAUAUAUCAUGAAUUAAUUGAUGAUGUGAAGUUUUACGAAGAAACGAGUUAUUUGGUACAAACAAAUAAUUUAAUACCAUUCUUGAUCAAUGAAUCUACAUUGGUGGCUCUAGCAGGUAUAUUUAGAAAUAACAAAGACCCAUCAAGAGUUGGUGGAAUAAUACAAUACUUUCGUCGAUUUUAUUCUUUUUUACGUUCACAAUACAUUUACAAAUCUUUGUUGAUUUUGCAAAUUGAAUCGUACGCCGAACUUGGUUAUUUAGAGCAAUGCUUAAAAUUAUUUGCAGCUUUUGGAUUUAACCAUAAUCAGAGUGAUGUGAAAAGAAACAGGGCUUUACAGGCAGGGUGGGAGAAUGUACACAAACGACAUGAAAACAUCAAGACCAAUAAGAAUUCUUCAUCGUACAAAGAUUCAAAAUAUGAUUUAGAUAUUCACCAGAAUUUAUUAGCUGAAAUUUGUAAUACUGAGUUGUUCAAUCCUAUUAGUCAUAGAAAUGUUUAUUCUUCAUCGAAAACUGGACGUAACCCAGUUAUUAAUGGAUCUAUAUCUGUCAAUGAUUUGCCAGCUUUAGAAGCAUUGAUUACUGAAAAAGUGGCUACCAUGGAAAUGAGAGAGUUAUUACAUUUAACGAAAAUGUCCCAUCAAUCAAUCAACCUUUUCAUAGUUGCUGGAUUAUGCAAUGUCAAUAAACCACAUAUGGCACUUCAAUAUUUGAAAACGUUAUCACACAUCUUCCCCACCAUAUCAAGAAAAAACCUCAUAAAGAAUCAGAAUUUUGUUUGUAUUUUGCAUGCUACAAAAGAAAUAGAACUCGCCAAGGAGGUGAUGAACUAUUAUCGUGAUAUCCAUAAUGACUAUAUUAAUGUUCAAGUGUUACAAGCGCACAUACUCGUUUUGUUGUCUAAUGAAUGCACUACAGUUUCAGAUCUUACGCCUAGCUUACAAAUGUUUGAAUCUUCCCACCAACAGGCAACAUUGUUUGUCGAUCCAGAUCAAUACGAAAGACUUUGUGAACUAACACACAAUACCAAAAAUUAUGACUUUAUUCAUGUACAUAGUUAA